AUGAGCCCUGAAAACUGGAUUCAGGUAACAGGGUUUGUCCUUCUGGGUUUCCCCAGUAGCUACAUCCAGCAGUUCCCACUGUUCCUGGGGUUGAUGGCGACCUACAUUAUAACAGAAGGCAACCUGCUAAUUAUUGGGCUCAGUUGGAUGGACCGACGCCUGCAAACACAGAUAUACUUCUUUCUGCGGAACCUGUCCUUCCUGGAGCUGUUGCUCGUGUCUGUGGUGGUUCCCAAGAUGCUUGUCACCAUCCUCACAGGGGAUCACUCCAUCUCAUUUGCCAGCUGCAUCAUCCAGUCCUACCUCUACUUCCUCCUAGGCACCACCGACUUCUUCCUCUUAGCUGUCAUGUCUCUGGAUCGUUACCUGGCAAUCUGUAGACCGCUCCACUAUGAGAGGCUGAUGAGUGGUCCUGUCUGUUCCCAGCUAGUGCUGGCCUCCUGGCUAGCUGGAUUCCUCUAGGUCCUUUGCCCCACCGUUCUCGUGGCCAGCCUACCUUUCUGUGGCCCCAGUGGUAUUGACCACUUCUUCCGUGACAGUUGGCCCUUGCUGAGGCUCUCUUGGGACACUCAUCUGCUGGAGCUGGUGGCUUUCGUGCUCUCCACAGUGGUGUUACUGGGCUCACUGGCACUGACCUCAGUCUCCUAUGCCUGCAUUCUUGCCACUGUUCUCAGGGCCCCAAAAGCUGCUGAGCAAAAGAAAGCAUUCUCCACUUGUGCCUCACAUCUUACAGUGGUGAUUAUCAUCUACAGCAGCUCCAUUUUUCUCUACAUCUGCAUGUCAGAGGCUCAAUCCAUCGUGCUCAACAAAGGUGCCUUGGUCCUGAGCUGUAUCAUCAUACCUCUCCUGAACCUGUUCAUCUUCAGUCUCCACAAUGAUAAGGUGAAGCAAGCCCUGAGAGAUGCACUGAGGUGGCACAGACCCAUGGCUGUGGGAGGCUAUGAGGGUCACAAGUAA